CCGGGUGGGGCCGCGCGGGGCCCGGCGCAGUGCGCUCGGCGGCGCGGGGCGUGCGGGCUGCUGGGGACUGCCGCCCGCCAGGCCGCCCGCACGCCUUCGCCCGCUCACCGGCUCUUUCCCUUUGUGCUCGCCUCUUGCUGCCGCCAUGCCGCACCCGUCUGCGCCCGCCCCGCUACGGCCCGGUGGCCGCCUCUCGUCGCCGCGCCGCUGAAGGAGGAGAAAGCAGCGAGGAGGAGGUUGCCCGCCCGCCGCCCUAUGCCGCAGCGUCGUCCCGCCGCCGUCCCGGGGACCUGCAUGGACGGGCAUGGGGAGAGCUGCGCCUUCCCGCGCCGCCGGGGCUGAGCCGCUCCUCCGCCUCCCGCCGCGCCGCCCGUCGCUCGCCGCCCUCGGCCUGCUCGCCGCCCUGGGGUUGCUGCUGGGCUCAGGUGACUGCCAGAUGCAAACACCUUGUGGAAUCCAGAAGUGCACCACUGAUUUUGUAUCCUUAACAUCACAUCUGAACUCUGCUUUUGAGGGGUUUGAUCUGGAGUUCUGCAAGGCCCUGCGAGCGUACUCUGCCUGUACUGAUCGCAAUUCCAAAGUAUGCCGUGGAAACCUAGUCUACCAUUAUGCAGUGCUUGGGAUCAGUGACCUCAUGAGCCAGAGAAACUGUUCCAAAGAUGGACCCACAUCCUCCACCAACCCUGAGGUGACCCAUGAUCCCUGUAAUUACAAUGACCACAUAGAAGCCAGAGAAUAUCAGGGAGGGGGCAAGACGACGACUCCUACUUACCUGUUUUGUGGCUUGUUUGGUGAUCCUCAUCUGAGGACUUUUAAGGAUCACUUCCAGACAUGCAAAGUGGAAGGCGCUUGGCCCCUCGUAGACAAUAAUUACUUAUCAGUGCAAGUGACCAAUGUGCCUGUGGUCCCAGGAUCCAGCGCUACUGCUACAAAUAAGAUAACUAUUAUCUUUAAAUCAUACCAAGACUGUACAGAUCAGAAAGUAUAUCAAGCAGUGACUGAUGACUUGCCUGCAGCUUUUGUUGAUGGUACAACAAGUGGAGGUGCUGGGAACAUCAAGAGCUUGCAAAUUGUGGAGAAAGUCAGUGGCAAAUACGUCGAAAUGCAUGCCAGGUACAUUGGGACCACGGUGUAUAUACGCCAGCUUGGGCACUACUUAACGCUGGCCAUUCGCAUGCCUCAAGAGUUGGUCAUGGCCUAUGAGGAGACCCAGGAUCUGCAGCUGUGUGUAAAUGGUUGCCCUUCAAGUGAACGUAUUGAUGAUAGUGGCCACUUGCCAUUGCCUGUGAUGGGGCAGUUGCUCCCUCAGGGUGAUGCUGCUCAUAUCCAGCCAGUGUACACGCUGGAAACUGCCACCACCAAAUGCCAUGAGAAGAUACUGGUGAAGGACAUCUACUUUUACUCAUGUGUAUUUGACUUACUCACCACUGGUGACACUAACUUCACAGCUGCUGCUCACAGUGCCUUGCAGGAUGUGGAGGCACUGCACCCCAGAAAAGAGCACUGGCAUAUCUUUCCCAGCAGUGGAGGUGGUGAUGUGGGCAAGAGUAGCAAAUACUUUGUUAGUCUUGGACUUUGCUCGAUCUUUGUUGGGUUUUUGUAGGGGGUUUUUGUCUAUAACAAAGUUUUGAAAUAUAUAUUGUCAUAAUAUAUUGAGUAAAGAUGGGUAUAUGUGUAUAUACCAUGUAUAUGAAGGGAUCUUUUCUCUUGAGACACCCACCAGAUUGUACAUGUUGUGUUAACUGUUUUCAUGUGUGUUUGAUGUAGUAUUCUUUGUAUCUAUUUGUUUUGCAGCUGGUGAAAUGUUUUAUAAUGUCCCUGCAUUGGGACUUGAGAGAAAGCACUUUAUUUUUUAUAUAUUAAAUAUUUAUGUCUGAGUAAUUAUGUAUCAUACAUACAAACGUGUACAUACAAUACUCAGUGUUCCCUCUAAGUACUACUUGGUUUAACACAUUUUUUAACUGGAUUAGCUUGUGGGGAUUAACUUGUGGGGAUUUUCUGUCAUUCUUUUCCUCUAGAGACAGCACAUCUCUUGUCCUAUAAUGACAUUGGUGAUUUGCUGAGUUCACUAGUUAAAAUCAUUAAAAAUGGAAUUGUAUUCUAAAUGGCCAGUCCCUUCUUUGGAGGGAGAGUGAAGUGCUUCGCCGUAACUCGGAUGACCGUCUUGGAUAGCAUGAAUUACAGAACGUUCUUUGUAAUUCUGACAUUUCCUAGUUUCAUGGCAUGAGUUUCAAAAGGAGAAAAGGGAAUGCAUUGGAGUUAGACUUACAUAGCUUUAUGGGACCAGUGGGGAAGAUAGUUUUGAAAGAUACUAAUGGUCUAGUUGCGUAAGCAUGUAACGUAAAUAUUGCAGCUGCAUCUAACCUCGAGGGUUGUCAUUCUCCAAGAUGGACUGAAGAAAUCACAAGCCUGAAUUCUGUCCCUUGCUUAGGUGCUAAUUCUAGCAUACAUUCAGAAGGAGGAGGGGAGUGAGCCGCAGGCUCUGACUACUUUUAGUGAGGAGAUAAGAGAAGAAUGAUUUGGUGGCCUGAAAGUUGGUUUUGCUUAGUGCCUUGACUCGCUGCAAAAAGUGGAAACUUUAAUACAUGCUGCAAUAAACCCAGCUACAAGAUGGGAUUAUUCUACUCUUGAAACAGUUCAUCUGAGACUGGAUGGAUGUGUUAGAAGUGCUGUCUGAAGAAGACUCAAAUAGCACUUGCAUUUGUUAAGCAAACUUGAGCUACUGUUUGCCUUGGUGGAGGGAGAUGGAGUUUAUUCAUGGAAUGAAACUAGUUUUUAUGGAGACACUUUUGGCUAGAUGAGGGACUGUUGACUAGUAAGAAUGGUAGUAGUCUUCUCAAAGUAACUAAUUAAUUCCCAGUAUGGAUGGGUAACUGCAUACAGCUGUUAUUCUGGGAAUACUUAAGACAAAAGUAGUCUGAGCUGAGUUAAGGCUGAAGGUAAAACUUUAUUUUAGACUAGGCUAUUGGCAGCUUGUUCUGUCUGUGCUGUCUGAGGGUGCUGUUCCAGGUGAGUUAGGCUGGUGGAUUUAUGAUAUGUGAUAAUGUGGCUCCUGUGGUUUCACCUGAUGGUGACAGGCUUCCUCCUGUUUUGUGUGGCUUAACUUCCUCGUCAGUGCUCUCAGUUUCUCAAGUUCUUACGGCUGAAAGCUGAGGGAUGAACCUAGUGUGGCUUGCAGUGGUGCACAUACUUAUUGGGCAGGCACCAUAUCCUAGUUAAUUUUCUCUGUCCCUAGAUCCUGUAUGUAAAUAACGGUAUAUAGAUGUAUACCAGCAUUGAGUUGUGAGCUUCAUGGUAUAUUUCAGAAAUGUAGUAAUUCCCAUAAAGGUUUUCCAUUUUCUUGUUCCUGCUGUGGGAUUUCUUGAGAAAAUGUUAUUUGCACAGGUUCAUUCUUGAUGUCUGUCAUUGCCAAGAUUUAGUUAAUGCCAAAUGGGGAUAUUUUGAAGCUAGGGAGUGGUCUCUGGAGAGAACUUAAGUUUAGAGGGAAUACUUUUUUUGACAGGCCCUCCAAAUGGCUGUCUUUUAGAAGGCUACAGAUUAUUUUUUUUUCAUGCUUGGAAACCCCACAAUGUGUCAGUCUUUGCAAAAUCUUUUUUAUGUGGUUCAUGAAUGUACCAAUAACUAUAUGUUUGUGUAAAAGAGUGGCUGUGCAGUGUGUAAAUACUUUAUUAUGAUAGAACAAUAAAGUUGCCUGCCCUGCUGAGGAACAUCUGUAA